CAACCACCGCACUCCAAUCCAAUUCCUCUCUCUCUCUUCCUUAUUAAUUUAGAGGAACAAUAUUCUCCAUUUUAUAUUUCUUUGUUCCCCAAGUCCAACUUCCUCCAUAGUAUUGUUUCUCUAUAAAAGUCCAAGCAAGAGGGAGGAAAAGAAAUCGGGGAGAAAACAGGGCGAGGGGAGAAAGAGAUGGCGGGAAACGAGUGGCUCAACGGCUAUCUGGAGGCCAUCUUAGACGCCGGCGCCAAACGGUCCAUUGGAUCUCGGCAACCGACCCUGCCGUCGGUGUUCGAGAAAGAAGAAGUCGGCAACGGAAAAGAACUGGGAUACAGUCCUACCAAGUACUUCGUCGAGGAAGUCGUCAACCAAUUUGACGACACCGACCACCACAAGACCUGGAUCAAGGUGGUAGCAAAGAGGAAUAGCCAGGAGCGCAACAACCGAUUGGAAAACUUGUGCUGGAGAAUAUGGCAACUAGCUCGCAAAAAGAAGCAGAUCAAGUGGGAUGAUGCAAGUGGGCUGGCUAAAAGACGAAAGGAGCGAGAGCAAGGGAGCAAGGAUGCAGCAAAGGAUCUCUCUGAGUUAUCGGAGGAGGAAGGGAGACAAGAGAUCACAAAGAUCUCCAAGGAUGGUGCUGUAAUGCCGCAUAUCGAUUCAGAUAUAAAGAUGUGGGAGGAGGAUGGUGGGAAGAGCAACCAUCUCUAUAUAGUGCUCAUCAGUUUGCAUGGACUGGUACGUGGAGAGAACAUGGAGCUAGGAAGAGAUUCGGACACAGGAGGGCAGGUCAAGUAUGUGGUCGAGUUAGCCCGGGCCCUGGCUGCCACCAAGGGAGUCUACCGUGUGGACCUCCUGACUCGCCAAAUCUUGGCCCCAGAAGUUGACUGGACCUAUGGUGAGCCUGUCGAGAUGCUGACCCGUCCGUCCGAUGUGGAUCCAAGUGCUGAUGGUGAUUCUUGUGGGGCCUAUAUAAUCCGGCUGCCAUGUGGACCUCGAGAUAGGUACUUGCCCAAGGAGUCCCUGUGGCCCCACAUCCCUGAGUUCGUGGACCGGGCCUUGGCCCACAUCACGAACGUUGCUCGGUCCCUGAGUGACCAGAUUGCAGAGGAUGGCAGUGCCAAGCCUGCGUGGCCCUAUGUGAUCCAUGGUCACUAUGCCGAUGCCGGUGAGGUGGCGGCCCACCUCUCGGGUGCCCUCGGCGUGCCGAUGGUGAUGACAGGCCACUCAUUGGGUCGGAACAAGCUAGAGCAGCUCCUCAAGCAAGGCAAACUAAGCAGAGAAGAUAUCAACUCCACAUAUAGGAUCAUGAGAAGGAUCGAGGCCGAGGAGGUGGCGCUCGAUGCCACCGAGCUGGUUGUCACCAGCACUCGCCAGGAGAUCGACGAGCAGUGGGGGCUUUAUGAUGGUUUCGACAUAACAAUAGAAAGGAAGCUCAGGGUGAGGAGGAGGAGGGGUGUUGGUUGCCUAGGCCGUUACAUGCCUCGGAUGGCG